AAUGGCAGACGACUGUUAUUUGGUUAAGAAACUUGUCGAAAAGGAAGCCUGCAAAGAUUUUGCAUGACAUUUUGCAAAUCGCUCAUCAUUUAAAUGAUUGUGUCAAUAUGGACCUUACCUGAAAGGUAAAUCAGAAACGAAAAUGGAGGAAGACGGUGCAGCGCAAGAGGAAGAUGCUCUUCAUGUGUUUCUUCUCAUGGGAAAGGAGUACAGAAUCUCAAGGAGUAUCAGAGCUCAGUGGUUCUUUGAACAGUUUAACAAAACUCUUUCUGAUCCCAAGUCACAUGAUGAACUGAUUGCUUCUAAUGAAGAACUAGAAGUUUUGUCAGUCAUUUCAAAUAAUCAAGACAAGCAUGGACCCUACAAACUUGUUCCUUCAACUCAAAUUACAUUUAUUGGCAGGCGAUACAGAUUUGUAUUUUGCUUUGACAUCAGCCCAUCUCUUGCUACUGUGGAUAUCCAGUCAGGGACUGUAAUAACUGAUGAGGCAUUUGAAAAAUUUAAAAACUGUCUGAAUGGCCUAGUUGCUCCAUUCUCUGUUCCUGGUAACACCAUUGUGUUACGUCCUGAGUUGUAUAUCACUGUCUUAGCAUAUACUUCCAACUUGGAUCCUGAAGUUCCUCAGAUUCUUAUCCAGGGCUGCCUUGUGACAGAAGAAAAUAUUAACUUUGUUCUGGAGUCAGUACACAAUUUGCACAGAGCAGUUGUGAUCACAGAUGGUGUUUUUGCCCUUCCUGAUGCGAUUACAGUUGAUUCUCUCUUGGCACAGCUAAGAGCCAGUACUGUGUGCUGUUCUUUUAUUAAAGUUGGAAGUGGAUUUCAUGCCCACUGCAGCCUUGGUUAUGUUCCACACUGUGAUAUGAUGCAGUUUAUCGCCAUGGCCAGUUCAGGUGCAUACCUUGCAAAGGCACCCCCAGUUUCAAAAGAUGGUAAAAGAGUGGAAGAAGAGGAUUUCAGCAUGAACCUUUAUCACAAAGCUCUACUUUGCUGGAACUUUCAGAGAGAUUUUGACCUGAGCAAGAUUGAUUCCUGGAUGGAUCAAUAUCUUAUGCACUGAGUGAGUGGGAGAAAAAUGCCAUGCAACCAUCAAUGCGAAUAAGACAUCUGGAGACAAAGUUACAUACUAGCAUCACAAGUGUUCUCAGUGUGCGUCUCAGAGAAGGGUAUUCAAUUCAGGACGUUUCCAUAGCAAAAGGUGGAAAGCAGCUUCAAGUCAAGCUAACAAUUCCUUGGAAGCAUAAUGUCCAGAUUGAGUAUUUAGCUCUCUCAGUAAGUAAACAGAUUUUUUUCUUUGAUGUAUUUAACUGUAAGGUAAUGAUAUUUUGUGUGACACAUGUAGAAGUGACAAUAGAAGCACCUUAUGAUUUUCUUCAUGAUGUGAUGCAUUCUACAAAGCCCUUUCCAAGUACUUACAGAACACUUGUUGUCAAAAGAUUCAGGCAAUCCAUGAAAAGUUUAAAGAGCACAGAUAAGAUGCUUGUUCAUCUCCAGUCCUUUUCAUCCAAUUCCAUUUAUUACACCAUACCAGAGAGUGCAAAAAAGGGAGUUCCACUAUUCUACCUACCACCAAGCUCUAACAACCCUGUUUUGUCCCUACAACUUGAAAGAGAGAAUUCCAAAUCACAAGAGUCCCAAUUUGCUGUCUUCUGGAAGCCAGUGUUAUCUCUUGAUACGACUGGAUGGCAAAAAUGGAUGCAUAGUCACAGAAUUGGACUUGUACUGGAACAUGAUGUCCCUUUGCCAAAGAAUCUUCAUCUUCCGAAGGAAAAUGACAGAUCCAGUGCAAUCCAAUGUCGGGUGGCACUGAGUUCGCUUAACUCUCUUCUCAGAAAAUGGAGCUCGUUUGUGUUAUUGGAAAACCUCUCUUAUAUCAAGUUUAUUGCCAGCGAGAAUCCUGACGGAGCCCCUUCUUCUUUCUGUAUCGUGCGAGUAACAGCAAGAGGACCGUGUAUUGUCAUCAAGGUAGCUUUCCUUGGAGGAACUGCAGGUCACAUAAGACAUCAGAUUGUAUCAGACCUAAAGAUAAAACUCGCUGAUAUCACAGCUCCACUAGGUGUGAUUAACAAACCUCAAAAAGCCCAAGCCAAGGGUAAAAGUCUUCAACGCGACGUGCAGUUAUCGAAACAGCGGACUGUAGUUGAAAAGCCGUGCGCGAUUAUGUAUGAGAAAUCUCUGGAUGGGAUCUUGAUUCGGUACGAUCGAGUUCCAGAGGACCUCUUUUCGGCAUACCCAGAAAGGCCCAGUUAUUCUAUGUACUCAAGUUUGACGGGAAAUUAUGCGUAUAAAACCAAUGAUAAUCACAUGAAGGUCCUAUGUCAGUAUCUGCAUCACCAUCGUUGGAUUUGGACGAUGCAAGAUGAACGAUCACCAGCUUUAAGUGCUGAGAAAGUUGCAAGAGUGCUCUCUACUCUAACAAAGCUACGACUGCAAGAGGGAUACAAUUUUGUGAACAACAGCGCAGGGAUUAUCACCAUGGCAAAAGAACUCAAGAUGAAGGAUCACACACAAGACAGUGACCAACCGUAUUCCUGUGUCAUUCAAUAUGUGCUGUUCCCUCCAUAUCUUCAGUCAUGUGAGCCAGAACGGUCUGAAGAGUCCGUUCUUGACUGGGCGUCCCUAGGAAAGGCUGGACGCAAGUUUAACAUGGUCACAGAGGUGUGGGCUGAACCACAGUUUGGCUGCUUGACUGAUUUGAAAACGGAGCUGAAGUAUCUGGAAGGACUUCAGUACGAUCAAGUUCCAGAUGCAAUUUAUCAAGCUGAUGUAAAGCACGUGUCGGCUCUGCUCACUUACGAUCAUCUGUUGAGUAUGUGCGAUGACAAGACUGUUACCACCCCCCACAGACCUUGUAAAGCGCCGCAUGAGAACUCUUUACUGUUCAAAAGUAAUUGGAAAGUAGAGCAGUCGCCGUUUCCAUUUGACAUCAUUGAUUUAUUGUCCAAAACUCGACAAGUGGAGAUGGUUUUUUCUUCCCUGAUCGAGACCUCCUCUCCAGCCUCAGAUGACCUCGACGAUUUGCCAAACGAAAAUCUUUUCAAGCUUUUAAUAGAGAACAUGGAGCGUUUGAACGAUCGUGAAGUCGUACUAAGUGACGAUGACUGGAAUCGGUUCACACAGCACAUCCUCAUUCGGCCGAGGAAUGGCGUGCCUCUUCCAUUCCCUGAGGAACUGUGUCAACGGAAAGAUUCUAGCGAUUCCACACAGAAUGACAAAGAGAAAAAGUCCAAAAACAGAAGCACUUCUUCAAUGAAAUGGAAAUGUUUCAUUCGUGCAGUGACUGCUUUUGGCGGCGGUCGCCUCAUUCUCACAUUUCUACCAGCAAGCUUUAAGUAUGUUAGGUUCAUAGGAAGACACCGGCGGAGCAGGAGCUCUAGUGUUGAGAGCAGCCCAAGAAGCCCGCACGGCACGUCAGAAGUGGAGCCUGAAGGAGCCACCGAUGAAAUAAGUCCUCACGGCGCAUUUGGACUGCAGAAACUAGAUAAUUUACUCGUAUCACAAGGCUCUCUUGAAGACCAAAGCCUGACACCUACACCGACCGCAGAGAAAGACGAAAGUCCAUUUUUCUACUCUCAGAAAACAAGCAAUUCACUCGUCUCUAAUGAAGAGUCAAAACUGUCAAUCAAAAGUGAUGAUGAAAAGAAAAGCGUAACAUUUCAAGAAAACUCCACACCUAUCAAAGAGCGCAAAGAGUCUGUCUUUCACGACAGAGGCUUUGGUAAAGAUAGUGACUCUUUUAGUUGGGACAUCCCGAUAUAUUGUUAUGACUGCCCGAUGUCAGCCCUCGUAACAAUACCUGCUGCCGAGUCCGAUACAGAGGGGACGUCAGAGGAGAAGCGCGAAGAUAUAUUUCAAGAUUUUACGCAGUUUGCUGCUCAUGUAUUUGUGGAUCCAUUCAGUUUAGACGAGGUUCCGAGAUCCUUAGAGGGGCGAACGAAAGGAAGGUUUGGCCCCUCGAAAGACCUUCUGCUUCACUGCAGUGCGGUUCAUGAUUUGUUUUUCCGAAGUUUUGUGACGUCAACGUUUUCAAGUUUGCAACACGGUCAGCAGGUGAGCAUGCGAGAUGUCCAUUCAGCAGUUGAUGCCUGCGAAGAGAACUUCCUUGAAGUAGACAUCACAGAGUUUAUCCAUACUCUUUGUGGACACUAUAUCAAGAGCAACAAGUCCAAGGAGGCUUUUUUUGAGACAACAAUCAAUGAGGAUCUUCUGUCUGUCCCAAUUUGGUUACCGUCAGAAUCAUACGAAGAAAGAGUGAGGGAUCUCAAGGAAUCUCUGGUUGGACGGUGUGAAUCUGUAGAUGGUCUGCAUAAGUCGAUCACUGCAAAGUUUUUUUCAAUAAUGGGAAGAUACUUCAAAGCAGUUCCUCCAAGCCGAGAAUACUUCUUCUACUGUCCACAGCAGUCUGAGGUCCCGAGAAAGUCUGCUCCUGAGUCGUUCUCCGACCUCGACAGCGAUGUGGACUCGGAUGCCUCUGAUGAUGCUGACAUCUUUUUGGACGAUGGAACAGUUCAACAGGAUGAGAUACAGGAUAUGUCUGACUCUGAAAGUCAAGCGAGUGAUAUCGAAUUUGAAGGAGAUGCUGAUGUUGGACAGGAGGUGAAGUCACCGCUCUUCCUACAGCUGACAUGUUCACUGAAAGAUACGAGAAGUCAUGGACAGCCAAUGACGCCUGUUUCUAUUAACACAUUACCUGUGUGUCUCGGAGAAAUUAUCCGCAAGUUUGAAGAUGAUGAUGAAUGUCUGGAUCCCUUCAGUCCAUCCGUACGCAUCACUCUCGAUCUUAUCUGUCUGACCCUGCCAGCUGAACAUGAUUACUCUGUUCUUAAGUCUUCGGCGCGUCGUAGCUUUGCACGCUCUAAUUCCUUCUCCAGUACCAGUUCGCCCAUUUCUGCUUCUCCUUCGGAUAAAAGAUCAGGACUUUUUGACUUCAGACGGCAAGAUUCUAAAGCCACUUCUCAUGAUAUGGAGAGAAUUGAAAGCUUGGAUCCUCUUCAUGGUCUCGUAAAUUCUCAGCGUCAGGCAGUGAACAACACAUGUGAGGCCAUUCGUUGGCUUUUGCAGGAUGAAAUAGUCUCAGAACUCCGCCAUAUUGGACCAGUCGAUAACUCGAUGCUGGAACAGGUCGAGCAACAUGUUCAGCAAUCUGAAUACCAUCCCUCCUGCAUUUCCCGCCGUGUUCACCUGCAAUUUGUCUAUGGGGCUGAACAAAGCUUAGAAGUCUUCGUAAAAGAAUUUGAGAGAAUCAGCUUGCCAGAAUGCGUCCUGAAAAACGUGGACAAAUACUACUACUUGACAAGCUUUUCGGAGAAACAGAUUGCGGCUUUGUCGCCGUUGACUCAAGGAGAGAAUGGAGUUUAUUUGGAUAAACAGCAGGAAGAAGAUGCGACAACACCAAAUCCUGACACGGAUGGUGAAAAUUACGACCAAAAAUCUUCCCAUACUUCAGCUAAUGAUCGUCUGUCAACGGUUUACAUUGAAAAACAGGCAACAACCACUCAGCAUGAAGAAAGCACGGAAGAUAAUCUCAGGGAGAACGGAAUGAUUACCCCUCCCUCCAGACCACCGCAUCUUGGCCAGCUAGGCAGGCAGCGCUCCGAAGAAGAGGAAGAACCAGGAAACACUGCUGCAUCUACCCCACUCAGGAAUGAUGCUUCAUUCGCUUCUUCCGCUGGUAGCACGCCUAUAGGGAAGCUGAUCAUACCAGGUGAAGAUGUUGGUGCGGCUGACUCAAGUAACGCAGAGGCAGAAGAGGACGAGAGCUGCCCGCCCGGUCCUUGUACGCCACGCCAUGAUGAACUGAGUGUUUCAUCAUCGGAAUCGUGCUUGAAAUUCUGGCUGGUCAUGAAAAUACUGGACAGUGAAGUGAACAUCGUCUUUCAUCAAAGGGAGUCACAUGAUCCGAAGUCUUUUUGUGCAACGAGAGCCAAUGGUCUGGUUGAGAUGGUCAUAAAUGCUUUACAUGAAAAAUGCCGUAUCGUCAAUCAGCGAAUGUUGCUACAUGAACUAUUUGAGACCAAGCUGUGCAAUUCAAUGUUAUUCCCUGAGUCAGACGAGGACAUUUGGAAACAUGAAGAUAUGCAAAUCUCAGUUUCCCCCCUAGGUGUUCACAUGACCAAAGGAGACAGUAAAGGUCGUGUCUCCAGUAAGUUUGUUCCAGUCCAGUUUCUUUUCCAACCUGGACACUUUGGCUGCGACAGUAAGUGGUACACCCAUUUACCUGUGCAUCAGCGACUUUUGGAAACCUCGGGUCGAACAGGGGUAUCCCGUGGGCUGAAGGUCAUUAAGAGUGCAUUGGAAACGUUUGACGUGAGGAAUAGGAAAGACAUGUUUGUGUACAAAGAUAGCGCUGGUUCUAUCUUCUACUUCAGGUUGUUUGAGUCUCUAUGUUCGUCAAAUCAAUUUCGUUCUGACCUCUGUAGUUCAGGAGAUGAUGAUGACGAUUAUCUUUCUAUGGUAUCGGUGACAUCACUGGCUGGUUCAAGAACGUCAUCACAGUUGUCCCUGUUGUCUUUCGUAAACAGAGGGCCAGGAGAUGUAGAUGAAGACGUCGCUGAAGCGAAGUCAAAGAAGCUUCCAACGGCCCAAGAGCAAGACACAACCAGUAUUCAUUCAGCUCUGCCCAUCAUAGACAAAAGCAUUGCACUUCAUGUAUACGGCGUGGACGAUCCAGGUCCGGAGAUCACUGUAGAACUUGUUGACCUUUUGCAGAACAGAAUUAAUGAUGCUAUGCUCGAGGUUUUGUCAGUUCUACUUGCCAGAAAUCCAAACUGUAAACUGACUUAUGCUGAUGUCCGGUUUAUACAGCCUCAAAAUAAACCACCAAAAACAACCCUCACUUUCCUAAUCCCAAAAAUGGACGUCAAUUUCCUCUGUCCGUUGGUAUUCUAUUUGCGACAAAACCUUUUGCAGCUCCUACACUUUCCAAGAUACAUGGACUCGGAUCCUAGCCAUCAUUUCAAGGCCCUAAGCGGAAGUAAGCUGGACGCUACUGGAAGUGCUAGUGGCGAAAGCCGUAAAUUGGAGCCAGAGAUUUACUUGUACAACAGGCCGCAUUCAUCUGGAGGAAAAGGUGUGGCCUGUAUAUCUGUGUCCGUUCUCAACUGGCGUGGUGGAUAUAUUUACAUUCCAUGUGGAAAGAGAGUUUGUGUGUAUGCUGGGGAGAUCGACUUAUUCGAAUACUUAACUGAGGUGUCCUUAUGUCCAGACGAGCUUCACCUAGCCGAUGAUGAUAUCAAGGUGCAAUUUGCAAUUUGGGAACGUGGUGAUAUCGGCCUUGACCAGCUCUCUGAACAGCUGAAGCUCACUUUAAGGCAUGCUCUUUGCGACCUGCUAACAGAGUACUACCUUUUGGCUGCGCCUUUAUCCAAAGUGCCAAAGUUGUACCGGAAUUCGUCGAAUACACGUCUUCGGUCUUCCUCGGCGCCUACCUCCUCCUUACCCAUACCACCCAAGGUGCCUACUCAGUCCCCUCCUGAGAAACCUGCCACGCCUUCCAAACGGCAACUGGAUUUUGGCAGCCAGUCCAGCUUUCGAAACAAGAGGCCCUCAGUUUCGGGUCAUCGCCAAACUCCAUCUGAUGGGAGCACUCCGUCUUCUGGUUCCACAGGGGCAACAAGGAGGUCCCCGCAGAAUCCGUUUCUCUCCCAGCGGCAGAGUGUUUCUCCUUCUAAUGCUGUUUCAAGGCAGAGCACAGUAGAGGAUGAGGUUUUCCAGUCGAACUCAACCUCACCUGCUGCAGACGUUAUAGAAGUAUCAGCCAAGGAAAACAAGGCAAAUAGCCAUGGCGUUACCGAGUCAACAGAUGAUUUACCUGCAGAAGAGGUUGCAGGAAGAGGUCAAGCAACAUUGGAGGGCAAGGACAAACUAGGGAUGAAAAACGCGCCGGAAAAAUCAGACAACUCGUCUGAUAUAGAACCAACAUUUGAAAGUUUCACCGCAGCUGAAAUCCAAGAGUCUCAAGAAUUUACUUCGCAACCCGGUACCCCAGUCACAGAAAAUGUAGCGUUUCUCUCAAAAAAGGAGGAGCAGCUCUCUGAGAAACUUAAUAAACCAUCAAGCCUUUCCUCUGCGAGUUCCAUCAGUGGCUCCAAGAGCUUAAACUUCAGCGGGAUGGAGUCAUCAAGUGUAGGAGGACAAUUGAGUGAUGUCCAAGGCACCUGGCAGGAUGUUGAGGCCGUGAGAAGGAAAGAAAGAGAAAAGAAGAAAAGGCGAAUUCAGUUUGAGAAUGGAGAACGCGGUGAACUUCAUCCAAGUCUCCAGGGCCUUUGUCAAGACAUGUUCUUUUUCUUUCGUGAGCUUGAAGUCCCAUCAGUGUACUGUAUUGAAGGAAAAUUGCUGAACAACUUUGCUUCCGACGCCUUUCUAGCCGAACUGUGCAACUUAAUAUCGUCUGUGUGUCCUGAUAUGAAACCUAGAGUCUACCGUGAAGCUCCUGUAGAUUCUGCUGAUGGCAACGAAGCCGAUCAUAGUCAAGAAUUUCGCUACCUGCACUAUUAUCCAGCCAGACAGCCUUUGAAGGUGCAAGACAUGGAAGAGUCCACCGCAGACAAAUCAGGAAAGCCGUUCACAACUCUUCCAAAUUCGUCACAGGUCUUUGUCGUCGUUGGUCGAAAUGUGGACCAAUGGCGAGCUAGUCUGGGACUUGAAGAAGAUUUAUCUCAAGAUGACGCCUUGGGCCGUCCGCGAAUUCGCACAGGUCUUCAGCGUUUUAAGCCACUGGACCCAAAUGCACUCGUUCCCGGCCGAAAUCUCGCUGAAAGCGUAUCUCUUUCUAGCUUGUCUUUGGGUGGGGUCCCUCGGCAGAAAUUCCUAUUGGUAACGGUCAAGGAUAAAGAGGUGACAGCCUAUACGUAUAACUGGGCUUCAGAUAUAAAUACUACCCUCGACAAACAACUGCACCGGCUGAUAAACUGGAGUAAUGUUCGUUGCCACCUUACCUAUUGUCUUCUUAGUCAAAAAAUGGGACUUUACCAUCACACAUUAUUUACAGACAUCAACAAGGGCAAGGAAUCGAAGGACAUGAAUCCUUUCUGUUUAUCAGCCAAUGAUAAGGACAUGUCACUCCUGAUAAGUCAUCCAGGGCCACCUGCGCCUGAUCGUGCUGUGCCGAGAUCAAUGCCGCCGUCUCCGAGUAUUCUGGUCUUUGAUAAAGUUCUACGUGAUGUCACGCCUCCCAGACCUCUUUACCGCACUCCUUACUCCCACAACCGAGAUCUUGUGAAAAGGCAUGGGUACCAGUUUCAGGAGAUUCGGUCAGUCCAGAUCAAAAAGGCGAUUUUGGGGAAGAAUUUAGACGAGCUGUAUGUCAUGUGGCAGCGUAGGCCUCCUCACGUUCAGAUCAGUGAGGAUAAAAUCGAAACACUCAAGCGCUCUUCCAGGUUAAUCCACUAUUGUGCAGCUCCUCUCUUGUUCCACCCAGACUGGAGAAAGCUGCGUUCUUCUUACGCCCCUGAGAGUAGCACCGUGACCCCAGAGGAAACGUCCAGCGAAGAUAAAAAACAGGAAACUAAGGAAAGAAAAACAAGUAAAGCACAGAAAACGAUUGACGAAACAAAGAAGGAAGAAACAGCUGAAGCUGAAAAGAAACCACGCACUGAAGAAGCCUGGCACAAAGAGUUACGGUCUGCUUAUUUGCAGCUAUACGUGCAGUACAUGCAGUCUCUGCAAUUUAUUGUGGUGCAAAGCAGGCCGCAAUCACCAAAGCAGUCCAGGAGGCAUCUUGGUCGCGGAGCUGUUAACACUAAACCGAAAAGAGAAAGUAGCCCAGCCGACGUUAAGAAGCAAUCCUCAACUAAAGACAGGAAAGACAGUUCACCAAAAACUCUGCAGCGUUACCUACAGAAAACUUCUCCAGGAGGAAUAAUGCUGAUGGAAUUAGUGUUUCAGGGCUGCUUCUUUAUCGUUCGACUUUAUGCGUUGGGAUGUUCUCAGAUUCCUUCAGGAAAAUCAGCUUCUGUGCAGAUCUGUCGUAUGUUUGUGGAAGACUGCAAUCGUUACAGAGAAUAUAUUCAUCUUCUCUCGUUCAACUAUGACUUUCACCUGUGCAAAGCGCAAUUUUACUUGAAAGGAAGCCAGAUAAUUUUUAACAAAGGCUAUGGAGUCACACACAUGCUAAAGGGAUUGUUGCAAGAGUACGUGAACAGCCCUGUGUUCGCAAGGAACCGCCUUGGUUAUGGUGAAAUUUCAGUGCCGUUGCACCCGGGAAUCACACCCCAAAUUGUGUUUAACUACCUGGUGAAAAAGGCUUCGUUUUACGAGUUUCACACGCUACCUGAGCAAACAACGAAUGCCUCAAGCUCCGAAACCAACCGAGUUCUUACGCACAUUCUCCGAGAGUAUGGUGAUUAUGACGUUAGCUUCGUUUUGUCGCUGAAGGAGACGAAAGAAGAAGGCGUGGUCACCAUGGAAUACAUUGUCUUAAUGACGAGUCGCAGAGAGCUUUUUCCGAAGUUGACUUUGGAUUUAAGACUUUCAAAGAAGUCACCAUCGUCAGGUUCGCUUUCAACCAUGAGCAGUGCAAAUAGAACCGUGGAUUUGCCAGAGAACGGAGAGACAGAGCAAGAAAUAGCAUCACGUGUACGAUUCAAUCUACCCAUGGGGAGUUCCCAAGGAAUCCCAAACCUCCCCUCCCCUGGUGAGUUCCACAGGUCAGCCUCCUCACCCCACUCCCUGUACGCAUUGGGUCACGAGGGUGGGUCGCAGAUCUUCAACGUACCUUCGUCGCGCUCGGACGAAAAGAUUGGUGACCACCACCGGGAUGUGCUUCCGCCGUUUGCGCCAAUUCCAGAGCAUUAUGAAGAAGAGUUACCCGAGAAUGUUGCCCUGCGCGAAUCUAAGCUCCAUAAGGAAGCUUCUCUGCGUGGCCGUGACCAUUUGGUGCAUAUAAUCUGUCGGGCCCAGACCCACUGCAACCGAGACUUGUUAUGGCAUCGUUUGCUGGUUGGAGAGACUGAGGAUGAAGAGAGAGACGGAGGGAAAAAGAGUAGGCGUAAGAGCGUCAUGCGAAAAUCCAGCUCAGAAACGAGUCUUAAACAGAGCUGGGCAAAGACUCUUGACUCGCUUAACCCCGGAGCAGAUCAGGUGUCACCGUCGCGCUUGACCUUUGAAGAUUUUCAACAACUUUUAUCUGUGGUUGGAGUCAAAUCUUUGAGAGAAGAAGAUCCACAACUUAUUUCACUCUUGUCGAUGAGAGCAACGUGGUUUCUAAGCCUUUUCCCAGUUAUUCGUGCAAAAUUUCCAGAGGAGCAUCGUUUAUUCACGGACGAGAACAGUUCAGUUCACUGCCUGGCUGUUUUGAAUCGUGAUUAUCCGGAUAUGUUUGUUCUGUUGUAUGUGGAUAAAAACAAUGAUAGUGCUGUGAGUAUCGUAAUAUAUAGUUUUAGCCAAGCCUUACUUUGGAGCUCGCAUUUUUUCCCCCGCACGUCUCAAGGGCACAACGCCUUGCCCCGGCCAGGACUAGAACUCAGGUUGUCCGACUCGGAGCUCAGUGCACUGACCGCUGGACUACUGAACAAAGCCGUGGCGUUGGCGCGCCCGCGGUACACUUGACCACGCAUGUUAAAAGUAGCACCUUGUACGGUCGUACGGUCGUACAUCCAAAUUUUUUCGGCUGGAUGGGUUAUUACUAUUUUGUAUAAUUAUGGGGCUACGCUCUGCGAGCUCCGCUAUUA